ACAAAGCUGAGUAGGAAUCAUACGCAUUUCAUAUUCGAGUCUUCCGGGUUCUGACACAGAGCCACCAUGCAAGCGUUACAAAUCCGCUGCACACCCACGAAACAGCGGUGGCGGUAGGUGGAAAGUAACAGCCACUCAUCCCUUCCUCAUCGCAAAACGACACAGCCACAACCACCUCUGAUUCAUCGUCCUCAAUCCUUUUUCGUCUGGCCGACUCCAUUUUUUUUCGUUAAUUUCUGUGGAAGUUCAUCGGCGAUGGGUCAUAUCAAGAACAUGUACGACAUCAGGCUGAAGCCGCGGCUACUGAGAUCUCUGGUCAAAGACUACCUACCGGAAGAGUUCCGGCACCCUAUUCCGAGCCCACACGAGCUUUCCUACCUGGUUGAGACUCUCAAGACUUUUCGGCUUCUCUCCGAGGCAUUUCCGGAGGAAUGCAGUUCCGACGUGGUCGAGAACUGGACCGCCGCCGUCGACGAGUGGAUCGAGCGUUUGUUGAUUCUCGUAACCUGCGAAAUGCCUGAUAAAUGCUGGGUAGGAGUCUCCUUGCUUGGGCUGACUUGUCAGGAGUGCAGCUCCUCCCGAUUCUUGUCCUCCUACUCCUUUUGGCUUGAUGAUCUCAUACCGCUUUUAGAUCCAUCAUCAGAAGCUCAGACUUUAAAGGUGGUAUGUUGUAUCUCAAUAUCGGAUCUCUUCACAAGGUUGGGUGGAUAUUCAAAUGCAAAGAAAGAUGGGACAUCCUAUGCUGCAAAACUUGUUCAGCCAGUUUUGAAGCUUUUAAAUGAGGAUACCUCGGAGGCUGUAUUGGAAGCAGCAGCUACUUUGCUAUGCACCAUAUUAACUUUCUUUCCAUCAUCUGUUGAUUGUGAUUAUGAGAUUACUGAAACUUCUGUCGUUUCACAAAUAAUGUCAUGGAGAAGCAACCUUAAUGUGUUAAGGAGAUGUGCUCAGUGCUUAUCAUUACUUCCAAAGUCAAGAGGAGAUGAGGAAAGCUGGUUGUUAAUGAUUCAAAAAAUAUUAGCAUCAAUAAAUUAUAACCUGAAUGAUGCAUUCCUAGGUCUUGAAGAAGGAACAGACAUCCCAACUCCCUUAGGAGAGCAGGAAAUGUCAAGAGAAGCAUUUUAUCUGGCAAGGAGAAGAUCUAAGCAAUUGCUACACAUAAUCCCAACACUGAUGCUUAGUUGUUGCAUGAUGCUUGUAAAUCCUUAUCCUGCUCAGGUUUCUGUUCCAAUUAAUUCAUUAUUAGCACUUGUUGAGAGAGUGUUGAAGGUGGAUGGCUCUUUGUCUCAAUCUCCACUGCCAUCCACGGCUGCUAUGCAACAAGAGUUCAUUUGUUCUGAGCUUCCAGCUUUGCACUUAGCCAGUUUAGAUCUCCUUGAAGCAAUCAUAAGAGGAGUUCGCAGUCAACUAUUACCACAUGCUGCUGAAAUCAUUGGACUCUUAAAAGAAUAUUUCAAGAGAUGUGUAUUGCCAGGACUAAGGGUAAAAAUCUAUAUGAUCGUAAGGAUCUUUCUGCUGACACAAGGAAUAGGUGUAGCAUUGCAUAUUGGUGAGGAAGUUAUCAGCAAUGCAUUUAUUGAUUUGGAUGUUAUUGGGUGUGGAAGUGGGGCAGAAUCAUCUAGUGCACACUCAAAAAUCACUACUGAAGCAUUACCACAACUUAGUUGUAAGAAAAGGAAGCGUGUUGAUGUGACCAGGAAUCUUGAGGAGCAUCCAGAAGGGGUUGGCUUGGAAGUUCAAGUACCUGAAAACAAUUCAACUUCCCCUACUCCUUUGAAGAUUGCUGCACUAGAGGCAUUGGAAACUCUUCUCACUGUGGGUGGUGCUAUGAGAUCCAACUGUCUACAAUCAAACAUCGAACUGCUCCUGAUAAAUGUAGCAACAAAUGCUUUUGAUGGAGAAUUGGACAAUGAAGAAGACAAGGUAUUUGCAGCAAUGUUUCAAUGUAAUUCGGUAGAUCUUCAGAUUGCAGCAUUAAGGGCACUUUUAGCAUGUCUCCUUCUCCCAGUUCGUCUUUGGCCUUGUCAUCUCGCCAAGGGACUUGAGCUUUUCCGCAAAGGGAAACGUGAAAGAGAAACAAGGCUUGCUGAAUUCUGUGCCCAUGCCCUGUUGGCCUUAGAAAAUCGUGGACAAACAGGGUUCUUUUCCAUCAGUGAAAUUGCCUGUGCAGAACCCAGCUCCCAUGGUGAAGGAUUCAACCACAAUUUCUCAGAAAAUGUACACACAAGUGGUCAGGAAGGCACCAUCCUCCCUCUGUCAACCCCUCAAUCUUCAGAUAUUCCUGAUUCAGGCGAUAACCCGUGUGACAAUUGGCUUGGGAAUGAUGAUAUAAUUGAAGUUCCACCAACCCACCCUGACGAGAACACGGGAAAUGCUGGAGAAUUUUCAGAGACAAACAUCCAGCAAGCUGCUGAAGAUCUCCUGGCAGAAAACAUUCCCAGGGAUGGUUUACUUGGUGAAAUUCCAGGAGACAGCAACCAGGAGCAAGCACUUACCAUUGAAAUGGAGUCAGGAAAAAGUAAGGAUGUGAUUGUUCUCAAGCCAGAUCAGUAUCCCAAUCCUAUCUCAAUCAAAGGUGUCAAGGAAGUUUCACAAGAUACUGACAGAGGUUUAGAAACAAUUCCUGUAGAAGCUGAAGCCGGCAUGACCAGGCCAGAUAAUGAAGCUUCUCUACACUAUAUUCCCGAGGUUGAGGAGGAAAAUCCAGAUUCAUGGUAGCAUCAGGCAAGGAGUUCCAGUAAUCAAUUAGAGUAUGAAGAUGAGGAUGAUUUUGUACUGGUUCGAUGGAAUAGAACCUUUGAAUGCUAAGACAAUGUCUAGAGAUAGUCUUCCAAUUGCAGGUGAAUGUAAAUCUGGGACAUAAUUGAAAUGUUUGUGGACAUAAGUUUGAGUUUCGAGUCAGCUCUCUGG